AUGGCUGAAGAAGAACCGAAGAAAAAGGUUCUUUUUGCAGUUGGGAAUAAGAGAAUUAUCUUCUCCAAUCCUUCGUUUACUAUUUCUACUGAAGAACUUGGCUCCUUAGAUAAAGAUGAGGAUGAGAUUGAAUCUGAACCAGCUUCACCUAAGGCCAGCACUACAUCAGGUUCAAGUCCAGCUUCUCCCAAGGACGAUACUUCAGGUUCACCAUCUUCCACAGUCAGCAAUUUAGAUCCUGAUCCCGAUUCGGAUCCCCAUCAGUGGCAUGGGUUCUUACGGAAACUUAAAAAGGGAUCCACCUCAAGCUUGUAUGGAUUCCAUCCUAGUCUGCAUUCCAUUAAGAGGCUGACUAGGAAGAAGAGCAGGAAAUUAACUGAGAGCAUACCAGCACUACCUCAUGACUUAGAUGCCGAGUUGCACUAUUUUGAGGCAUCAUGGAAAAAUUUCUCACUUGCAGAUCUCAAAUCUGCAACCAACAAUUUUAGCCAUGAAAACUUGAUUGGAGAGGGAGGGUAUUCUGAAGUUUACAAAGGUCAUUUGCAAGACGGGCAACUUAUAGCAGUUAAACGACUAAUCAGGGGUACACCUGAAGAGAGGACUUCUGAUUUUUUAUCCGAGUUGGGAAUCCUUGUUCAUGUCAACCAUCCAAAUAUUUCCCAUGUUAUCGGCUAUGGGGUUGAAGGGGGCAUGCACCUUGUUCUUCCUCUGUCUCAACAUGGGAGCUUAGCAUCUCUGCUUAGGGAUCAGAAAGAGAAACUAGAAUGGGGAGUGAGAUAUAAUAUUGCCUUGGGCACUGCUUCGGGUCUUUCAUAUCUUCACGAAGGUUGUCAACGGAGAAUCAUUCAUAGGGAUAUCAAGGCAGCUAAUAUUUUGCUUUCAGAGGAUUUUAAACCUAAGAUUUCUGAUUUUGGAUUGGCAAAAUGGCUCCCAGAUCAAUGGAUGCAUCUCACUGUAUCACAAUUUGAAGGGACAUUCGGCUACCUUGCUCCCGAGAUUUUCAUGAAUGGUUUAAUUGAUGAGAAAACUGAUGUGUAUGCUUAUGGGGUACUAUUGUUAGAGAUAAUCACUGGACGCCCUGCGGUUGAUGAGUCACAGCAUAGUGUGGUUAUGUGGGCUAAACCUUUAAUUGCUUCGAAAGACUUUCAAGAACUUCUUGAUCCACAACUUUCUGGCGCUUGUGACUUGGAGCAGCUGCAUUGCAUUGUAUCAGUUGCUUCUCUGUGCAUAAAUCAAAGUCCGACUGAAAGGCCUAAAAUGAGUCAGGUUCAUAGGAUGCUAAAAGGCGAUGAAGGCAUACUUGAUUGCAACAAAAAGUUUCAAAAAAGGACUGCGUUUAGAAAGGGGAAGUCGAUGGAUCUAUUAGAAGAAGACUACGACGAUUCAGACUUGCUCCAAGACGAUCUAAACCAGCAAAAUCAAAUCGCGUUGGAGCUUUAG